UUAAUAAAAUGAAUUCAUCAGAAUCUAAUAUUACCCCUCCGUUGGAAGCUAUGGACCAGUUAGCAAAAUUGCAGUUUACCUUUUCGUCGCUGCUUUCUUCAUAUCAAGCUCAAAUUCAAAUGGACGAAUCUGCAGCAAGUUUGGAUGAUUGCGAGACAUCGCCACAAUUUUCCCCGUCUUCUCCAAAUAAUUCAAUUUCAAUAAAUCCAAAAAAUUUUCCUUCUUGUCGAAGAAGUCGAACAACGUUUAAUAAUGAGCAGAUUGCACAAUUAGAAACUGUUUUUAAAAAGACCCAAUAUCCAGAUGUUUGUUUACGAGAACGGCUUGCUUUGCAGACAGGAUUAAGUGAGGCAAGAAUACAGGUAGAAUACUUUUUUCAAUAA